CAUACACGAAUUAACGAACUCUCUCUCUCUUGUCUUUCUCUCUAUAAAUACAGAUUGAAUUCUUGCUUUUUCUUCUCACAUCUUCCAAUCGCCACACAGAGUAAUACGUAGUACAGAGUUAUUCAAACCAGAGAGAGAGAGAGAGAGAGAGAGAGAGAGAGAUGACGGGUGUUGUAAAAGAACUUCGAUUGGUGGUGAGAAAGUUUCUGGCUAGGCCUCAACAUGAAGGGGAUGGAGCCAUUGUCAGAAGAAGCAUAGGAAGGUUUGAACUGAAAUACUUUGAUCCUUUUCUCCUGCUGGACGAAUUCUCAGUUUCUGCACCUUCUGGGUUUCCUGAUCAUCCACACAGAGGGUUCGAGACAGUCACCUACAUGCUUCAGGGUGCUGUAACGCAUGAAGACUUUGAGGGACAUAAGGGGACCAUAGGAGCUGGUGAUUUGCAAUGGAUGACUGCUGGAAGAGGGAUUGUUCACUCUGAAAUGCCUGCAGCCCAAGGAAUUCAAAAGGGCUUGCAGUUGUGGAUCAACCUCUCCUCCCAACAUAAAAUGAUUGAGCCAAGGUAUCAAGAAAUAGCAAGCAAGGACAUUGCAGAAGCCUCAAAAGAUGGGAUCAAGGUCAGAGUAAUAGCCGGAGAGGCCCUAGGAACCAAGUCACCAAUCUACACAAGGACACCCACAAUGUACCUGGACUUCACCCUCAAGCCAGGGUCCCACCUGGAGCAACCAAUACCCAUUUCAUGGAAUGCAUUUGUGUAUGUCUUGGAAGGGGAGGGCAUUUUCGGAAAUUCAAGGUCUCUCCCUGUGGCAGCCCACAAUCUCCUCCUCUUGGGUGGUGGAGAUGGGCUUGAGGUCUGGAACAAGUCCAGCAAGGCCCUCAGGUUUGUUCUGGUUGGGGGUGAGCCGUUGGGCGAACCGGUGGUGCAAGUUGGGCCUUUUGUGAUGAACAGCCAAGAGGAAAUUGACCAGACAGUUGAGGAUUAUGAGAAUUGUAUCAAUGGGUUUGAGAAAGCCAGGAAUUGGAGAUCUUGAGGCCCAGGUCUUGACUGCUGGCUUUCUGCUGUUGUUUUUUUUGUUGUUGUUUUGGUUAAUAGAUUUGAUUUCAGCUUAAGUUUGUACUAAUAAAAGUGGGCAAAGUGUAUUUCUA